GCGCUAGUUUCCGGCCGGACGGCCGAAAGCCACCGAUCCUGAACCAGCCGCCUGAGUCGGAGUGGCGACGGGGUGUGGAGCAGGCAAAAAGCCACUGGGGGAGGCCAGUCGUGAUCAGUGCCGUCUGGCUCCAGCUCCUGAUCCUGUGCGGAGCAACAGCCGCGGUCGCAGUCUCCGCCACCGCCUCCGCCUCCAUCGUCGUCGGGGGAGGGGCCAGCCGGACCCCGGGGUCACAGCCGAGGAAUGAGGAGAGGCGGCCGGGCCCCGCGCUCCGCCCCGGCCUAGGGCCUUGCCCCGGGAGCCGCGAGGGUGGAGGCCUGAAUUUUGAUAUAUGUCCACCCUACCUCAGCUGCCUGAAAGUACUUAAUGAUCACAUGACCCUGGACAUGGAUGCUGUCCUGUCAGAUUUUGUCCGUUCCACAGGCGCAGAGCCUGGGCUGGCCCGAGAUCUCCUGGAAGGAAAGAAUUGGGACGUGAGUGCCGCCCUCAGUGAUUUUGAACAGCUACGUCAAGUCCAUGCUGGGAACCUGCCCCCACCCUUUAGUGAAGGGAGUGGUGGCUCCAGGACCCCUGAAAAGGGGUUUUCGGAUAGAGAGUCUGCCCGCCCUCCCCGACCCACCCUGCAGCGGCAGGAUGACAUCGUUCAAGAAAAACGCCUGUCUAGGGGCAUCUCCCACGCCAGCUCCAGCAUUGUUUCCCUGGCCCGGUCCCAUGUCUCCUCCAAUGGUGGGGGUGGGGGGAGCAGUGAGCACCCCCUGGAAAUGCCCAUCUGUGCCUUCCAGCUUCCAGAUCUCACUGUGUACAACGAAGACUUCCGCAGCUUCAUAGAGAGAGACCUUAUUGAACAGUCCAUGCUGGUUGCCUUGGAACAGGCAGGGCGUUUGAACUGGUGGGUGAGUGUGGACCCUACCUCCCAGAGGCUGCUUCCUUUGGCAACUACUGGGGAUGGAAACUGCCUCCUGCAUGCAGCCUCUCUGGGCAUGUGGGGUUUCCAUGAUCGGGACUUGAUGCUGCGGAAAGCUUUGUAUGCGCUGAUGGAGAAAGGAGCCGAGAAGGAAGCAUUAAAACGGCGCUGGAGGUGGCAGCAAACACAGCAGAAUAAAGAGUCAGGCCUGCUGUACACAGAGGAUGAAUGGCAGAAGGAAUGGAAUGAGCUGAUCAAGCUUGCCUCGAGUGAACCCCGCAUGCAUCUAGGUUCCAAUGGAGCCAACUGUGGUGGGGUGGAGAGUUCAGAGGAGCCUGUAUAUGAGAGCCUAGAAGAAUUCCACGUCUUUGUCCUUGCCCAUGUGCUUAGGAGGCCCAUAGUCGUCGUGGCCGACACCAUGCUGAGGGACUCUGGUGGGGAAGCGUUCGCCCCUAUUCCCUUUGGGGGAAUCUAUCUGCCCUUGGAGGUCCCAGCCAGCCAGUGUCACCGCUCCCCUCUGGUGCUUGCCUACGAUCAAGCACACUUUUCUGCACUUGUGUCCAUGGAGCAGAAGGAGAAUGCCAAGGAACAAGCUGUUAUCCCACUUACAGAUUCAGAGCAUAAGCUGCUGCCCUUGCACUUUGCUGUGGACCCUGGAAAGGGCUGGGAGUGGGGCAAAGAUGACAAUGACAACGUCCGAUUGGCCAGUGUAAUCCUGUCCCUGGAGGUCAAAUUGCAUCUGCUGCAUGGCUACAUGAAUGUGAAGUGGAUCCCAGUGUCCUCUGAUGCACAGGCUCCCCUGGCACAACCUGAGUCCCCCACAGCCUCAGCUGGAGAUGAGCCCCGGUCCACUCCUGAGUCUGGGGAAUCAGACAAGGAGUCGGUUGGCAGCAGUUCUACAAGCAAUGAGGGCAGCAAGCGGAAAGAGAAGUCAAAGCGAGGUCGGGAGAAAGACAAGAAGAGAGCAGAUUCUGUGGCCAACAAACUGGGUAGCUUUGGCAAAACUUUGGGCAGCAAGCUCAAGAAGAACAUGGGAGGCCUGAUGCCCAGCAAGGGCUCGAAGCCUGGAGGGGUGGGAACGGGGUCGGGGGUAAGCAGCGGCACCGAGACCCUGGAGAAGAAGAAGAAGAACUCACUGAAGAGCUGGAAGGGUGGCAAGGAGGAGGCAGCAGGGGAUGGGCCCAUGUCUGAGAAGCCCACAUCUGAGUCUGUUGGUAAUGGAGGGAGCAAGUAUAGCCAGGAAGUGAUGCAGAGCUUGAGCAUUAUGAGGAUUGCAAUGCAAGGGGAGGGGAAGUUUAUUUUUGUUGGAACCCUGAAGAUGGGUCACCGUCAUCAGUAUCAGGAGGAGAUGAUCCAGCGGUACCUUUCUGAUGCUGAGGAGAGAUUCCUGGCCGAGCAGAAGCAGAAGGAGGCAGAGAGGAAGAUCCUGAAUGGAGGGGUGGGGAGUGGGCCUCCUCCAGCCAAAAAGCCAGAGCCAGAUGGCGGGGAGGAGUUGCUGACUGCCCCCCCAGCAGAGUCCAAGGCAGUGGCAUUCCCUGCUGGCUACCCUGGGGGCUUUACUGUCCCGCGGCCUGCUGGGGCUGGAGCCCACUGCCAGGAACCCCGGAGGCAGCUGGCAGGGGGGCCUUGGGGGGGGGGCCUACCACCCUAUGCCACCUUCCCCAGACAGUGCCCUCCAGGGCGGCCCUACCCCCAUCGGGACUGCAUCCCAUCUCUGGAGCCAGGCAGUCACCCCAAGGAUGGCCUUCACAGGGGUGCAUUGUUACCACCCCCGUUCCGCGUGGCUGAUUCUUACAGCAACGGCUACAGAGAGCCCCCUGAGCCAGAUGGAUGGGCUGGAGGGCCCCGGGGGCUUCCUCCAACCCAGACCAAAUGCAAACAGCCGAACUGCAGCUUCUAUGGACACCCUGAGACAAACAACUUCUGCUCCUGCUGUUACAGGGAAGAACUGAGGAGGAGGGAGCGCGAACCGGGUGGGGAGCUGCUGGUGCACAGGUUCUGAGCGGGGCGGGGAGCCCUGGAGGGCAGGGGGGCUAAACAAAGAGAGUUAAGCUCAACUCAUUGGCUCAUCAAGACCCAGCCCCCAUGCGGAUGGGGCAAAUGCAGUAAUGUCAGUGGGAGCCUGGCCAGGAACUUCUGAAGUGUGUGUGCGCGCUGGAGAGCUGCCAGGCUGGCGAGAGCAGGUCAGGGCUGGGCGGUGCCUGGAGGGCCGCGCGAGCCCUUUGUCAAUCUUGCUGGGACUGAGGAGGUACAAGGGGGAAAGAUGGUGAUUCUGUCUCAUAACUGCUUGGGUACACCCCAGGACCUAGGGGAAAUGAGGGGAAGGUUUGGUGUGUGGGGGUGGGAAGGUGGGCAGAAGUCUGGGGCAGGAGCAGGCAAAGGAGGUUCUCAGUCAAUAAAAGAAAAACCAGACCAAAGUUCUUGUAGGUUGGAAAAAAGCACAUGAUGGUGGAGUUGGGAGUGUGGAGGGAAACUGGGGAAUUAGAUUUGCUGUUGAUUUGAAUUAAGGUAGAAAUUAGGGUUGGCCAAAUUCCUCCUGAAGGAUCUGGAAAGACAAGGCAGUAAUGUGUCCUCACGGGUGCUUAUUAGGAGGGGGUUAGUUUAAAUCCGUUUACUGAGAUGGGAAAGGGAAGAACUUAAAAGGGGAAUCCUUUGCCUCUCAAGUUUUAUUUCUUCUAAACAGCCACCUGUCAUCUGUUCUGGUUCGAGAGGAGAUUGCUGAUUGCCCCAUAUCUUUUCCUCAUCCUUUUUGAGGGCUGAGCUCAGCUAAGAUUGUGAUUUUUUUUUUAACGACUUUAA